AUGACUUCUAAUCCUUGGUGGCCCUCAUCUUCGGAUGACGAAGAGGAGAUGUUUUUCGCAAACGCUGUACUACGGGCGGGACAGAUUCUAAUCGAAGAAGAAGAGGAAGAGGAAGAGGAAGACUUCUCGUCUGAAAAUGUUAUUGCCACACGAAUACGGAUUAACAGAGACCGCCAAGGAGCGCACGAGAAAUUGGUGAACGAUUAUUUUUUGGAUGAACCACUUUACAACGCCGACAUUUUCAGGCGCAGGUUCCGAAUGAGUCGCCGCUUAUUCACACGGAUUACUAAUGAUUUGGCGGGGCUAGACCCGUUUUUCACGCAACGACCUGAUGCUCGAAAUUAUGAAGGGUUUACCACGUUACAAAAGUGUACUGCGGCCAUUCGCCAACUGGCGUACGGGACAGUGGCCGACGCUUUGUGUUAG